AUGGGCAAACCCGGGAAAAAGGCUGGAAAGGGAUUGCUCCCGCCUACCAAUGUCAAUCGUCGUGUCGAUGUCAACAAAACCAGUUUGCGAGACCAGAGGACAAUUAAGCGAUUAAAAAUGUAUAAGUCCAAGCUUUUACGUGAUGAAAAAGGUAAUAUUGUGAAGGGGAGUGUCUUGCAGGCAUCCGAUCGUGUUGAACAGCAAAUGGUUCGUGUUGCACCUGAUCGUCGGUGGUUUGGUAACACUAGAGUUAUUGGUCAGGAAGCCUUGCAGAAUUUUUUGAAGGAAAUGGGUGCAAAAUACAGAGAUCCUUACAGUAUUGUUAUUAAGCAAUCUAAGCUCCCACUGAGUCUUCUUGAGUCAAGCGGGAUGAAUGAGGGCAGUGUUCGUCAGCAGAUGGAGUGGGAAAAAACCUUUGGGGAGAAGGCCAAUCGAAAGCGCGUUCGUCUGGAUACCGUUGAUAUGGAGGGGUUUGUAAAUAGGGCCGUAUCGAAAGGCGAGGAGUAUUUGACUGAUAAGAAAGGAGUCGAUCGAAAUCUUAUUAAUAAAGAAGAGAAUUUACGUGAUGAUCGUUCCAAAAAUAGGAUUUUAUUUAAAAAAGGUCAAUCCAACCGUAUUUGGAAUGAGCUUUACAAGGUAAUUGAUAGUUCUGAUGUGGUCCUAUAUGUAUUGGACGCAAGAGAUCCAUUGGGAACUAGAAGUUCUUUCCUUGAAGAAUAUAUGCGUAAAGAAAAAAAAUACAAACACUUUAUUUUUGUAUUGAACAAGUGUGACCUUGUUCCUUUGUGGGCUACUGCUCGCUGGCUUCAAGUUUUGAGCAAAGACUAUCCAACCGUGGCUUUUCAUGCAAGUAUCAAUCAUCCGUUUGGUAAAGGUAGUCUGAUUUCGCUUCUUCGACAAUUUGCAAAAUUGCAAAAUGUUACUCAUCGAGGUAGUAAACGAACAAAAACUCCUAUUUCUGUUGGUGUGAUUGGCUAUCCAAACGUUGGUAAGAGUUCUCUGAUUAAUACUCUUCGGCGAAAAUCCGUUUGUAAGGUUGCACCUAUACCAGGAGAAACGAAAGUUUGGCAGUAUGUUGCUCUCACAAAGACUAUUUUUCUUAUUGAUUGUCCCGGUGUCAUUUAUGAUCGCGAAACAAACAAUGAUGUUCAGGCCGUUUUAAAGGGAGUUGUACGUGUAGAACGCUUGGGAAAUGCAGACAAGACAGAUGUUGUAAAUACGGUUCUUGAGAUUGUGAAGCCUAAAGACAUAGUUGCCACAUAUGGUGUUUCUGACUGGAGGGAUGUGAAUGACUUCCUUGAAAAACUGGCAAAGCUUAGGGGUAAACUUGUUAGUGGCGGUCAACCCGAUACAGAAGCCGCAUCGCGUAUGGUUCUCUACGACUGGCAAAGAGGACGAAUCCCGUGGUUCAGCGCUCCACCUUUUGAUUCUAAUAAGCAAUAUCGUGAUGCCUUGGAGCUACCAGAGGCAAAACAAAUGAAACUAAUUGAACAUUAUGGCACGUUUAACAUAGUUGAAGGUGCUAUGGAUCACAAUGAAAAAUCUGAUGAGGAAACAUUGCAGAAUACUUGUGACUAUUCUGGGGCUGAUUCUUUCAAUGAAAAGCAAAUUCAGAAGAGUAAAAAAGAAACGAAUAUUCACGCGACAGUUGCUAGUUAUAUGUCCGAGCAGAUCAUUUUGAAAAAGAAGGAACAACGAAAAAGGGCCAAGUCCGAACCUGCCAUUAAAAACUCUGGAGCCAAGGAGACGAAUAACAACUAUAAUGAUGAUGAUUUAUGGAAUCGUUUCCUUGCUGCGGCCAAAAAAUGA